AUUUGACAUAAACAAGCUGGUUUGAUGUUUGCAGCUGUGUCCUGUACUUACUGCAAAAAGCUCAUCAUUCCAAUUGUCUGCAAGUAGAAGACGUAAAAUGGCUCGGAGGGUUGCUGUGAUUGGAGGCGGUAGCUCUGGACUGACCUGCAUUAAGUGUUGCUUGGAUGAAGGUCUGGAACCUGUGUGCUUCGAAAGCAGUGAUGACAUUGGAGGACUCUGGAGGUUUAAGGAGAAUCCUGAGUCAGACAGGGCCAGCAUCUAUCAUUCGGUGAUCAUCAACACCUCAAAGGAGAUGAUGUGUUUCAGCGAUUUCCCCAUUCCAUCCCACUUUCCGAACUACAUGCAUAAUUCUUAUAUUAUGGACUACUUUCGCAUGUAUGCUGACCACUUCCAGCUCAAACGCUACGUCCGCUUGCAGACAAAAGUUCUUAAUGUCAGGCCAAGAUCAGAUUUUGCUCAGUCAGGUCAGUGGGACAUUGAGACAGAGGACAAGGAUGGGAAGAGAGAGAAACAUGUGUUUGAUGCUGUGCUUGUCUGCACCGGACACCACUGUCACCCUCAUCUUCCUCUGAAAGACUUCCCAGGGAUAGACACAUUCAAGGGGAAGUACUUCCACAGUCGUGACUACAAGACUCCAGACGAAUGGCGGAGCAAGAGAGUGGUCGUGAUCGGAAUCGGUAAUUCCGGAGGCGACAUUGCUGUGGAGCUCAGCAGGGUGACCAAACAGGUUUUCCUGAGCACUAGGAGAGGCUCUUGGAUCCUGAAUCGUGUAGGAAACAAUGGUAUUCCAGGUGAUAUGGUGUUUAACAGGGCAUUUCGAAUGGCCCAGUCUGUUCUGCCCUUUGGGUUCUUAUGCAACCUGGGAGAAAAGAAGCUCAAUAACAGGUUUAACCAUGCAUUGUAUGGACUGAGGCCAAAACACAGAUUGUUAAGCCAGCACCCUAUGCUCAAUGAUGAACUGCCAAAUCGGCUCAUUUCUGGCACCAUCAAGGUGAAACCGAACGUGUGCGAAUUCCGCGGCUCCAGUGUCAUCUUUGAGGAUGGCACUAUCGAAGACGAGAUCGAUUUGGUGGUGUUUGCCACAGGCUACACAUUCUCUUACCCUUUCCUGCAAAGCCACGUGAUCUCUGUCACAGAGAACAAGACGCGCCUGUAUAAAUACGUGUUUCCUCCAGGACUGGAGAAACCUACACUGGCUAUCAUUGGUCUCGUCCAACCUCUGGGAGCCAUCAUGCCCAUCUCGGAGAUGCAGGCUCGCUGGGCCACACGUGUCUUCAAAGGGGUUACUAAGCUUCCUUCAAAGAGCAGCAUGCUGAAAGACAUAAAAAAAAAGGAGGACUCCAUGGCUAAGCGAUACGUAAGCUCGCAGAGACAUACCAUCCAGGUAGAUUACCUUCCUUACAUGGAUGAGCUGGCUACGCAAGUGGGUGUGGGUCCCAAACUCCUACGGCUGUUCCUGACUGAUCCUGGUUUGGGAUGGAGGGUUCUGUUUGGCCCCAGCACCCCGUACCAGUUUCGGCUGCAUGGGCCGGGUCAGUGGGCUGGGGCUCGCCAGGCCAUUUUUACCCAGUGGGAUCGUGUAGCGCAGCCAUUUCAAACACGCAGUGUCCCAGAGCAGGAAUCCCAUCACUCCUAUCUCCCUUUCCUCAUGUCUGUGUCUGCCGCUGCACUACUCUCCACUGUUUACUUCACUAAUGCAAACCUGUCUAGAUUUCUUCCAGACAUGUCGUCCUUCCUGGAGAGGAUAAAAUCUCAUCUGCCUCUGCCUAUGUUAAAGCAGUGAUUUAUUCCUCAUACAUUGAGAAUGUGGUCUAAGACACAUUUUAUGACGAAAAAAGCUAAGCAGGCUAAACCUUUAAAGCCUUAAUUUUAGCAUCACAAAAUACUUGCAAACAACCUAACAAUUCUCAUUAUUAAUAUAUAAAUACACACUAAGACUAGUGCUAUUUAUAGUAAAUAAAAGACUUAAGAAACACACAGAGUAAUGGUGCUUCGUAUGCCUCAUAUACAGGAGCUAAUUAGCUGCUGUUGCUAAUAACAGAACCGAGAUGAUUUGUCUUUGACUUUUAUUCAAAUAAUCCUGCUACUUAUUUUGUACUAAAUCUUAACGUUUCACAUUGUUAUGCUUUUUAUAUACUUACCACUUUUUAAAAGAAUCAUUUCAAAUAUAUCGAUGGGAGGUACGGUUUAUUUCUUUGCUUCUUUUUCUUUUUUUUUUUUUUCUUUUUUUUUUUUUUUUUACAUCGUAACAGAUGACACAUUGUUUAUGUUAUAUCAACAAGUGCUUUGGAUUAUGAUGCUUUAUUUUGUAUUUUCUUUUUACUAUUUGCUAUAUCAAUUUUCUUGGCCUUAUUAGGGUUUUCUUUUGAUAUUCUGACUGUCUUAAUUGCCUGAAUUCUGAUGAAUUUACAUGCAUUGCAUUACAUGCAAAUUUCAGUUUGAGUCCUGGAAAAUUUCAUUUAAUGCUCAUUAAAUCUAGUGGUAAUUUUU